UUGUCACAGUGGGAGAUGCUGCUGUUGGCACAGGACUGGCUUCCUCAGGAAACGCAGGGUAAACAAACUGCUCCUGUCAACCUGACGGAUGUCGAACCUCUCUGCCCCGAGGCCGGGGCCGCCAGCCCUCCGGGAGGGGAGCUGACCCGCGCCGUCAUGCCCCGCACGGGCAGAGGAGCUGCGGGUUCCUGCGGCGGCGUGACCCCACCAGCUGCCCAGCCAAGAUGCCCGCGCUAACCUGCUGACGGGCUAAGGCUCCCGGGGCGGCAGCCGGUGUGCUCUGCGGGUGCAGGCCAGCUCUGUAGAGGGGUGUGUAAACUUGAAGAACUCGGGCUUUUUUUCAGUUAAAAUCUUCCCUGGGAUCGCAGCGCAGCCGACAUGCCUGAACAAAGCAACGACUACAGGGUGGUCGUGUUUGGAGCAGCAGGGGUUGGCAAAAGCUCCUUGGUCCUUCGUUUCGUGAGGGGAACUUUCAGGGAAACCUAUAUCCCCACCAUCGAAGACACGUACCGGCAGGUCAUCAGCUGUGACAAGAGCAUCUGCACCCUCCAGAUCACAGACACCACGGGAAGCCACCAGUUCCCUGCCAUGCAGAGGCUGUCCAUAUCCAAAGGGCAUGCUUUCAUCUUGGUGUACUCGGUCACCAGCAGGCAGUCCAUGGAAGAUCUUCAGCCCAUCUUCGAGCAGAUCUGCCAGAUUAAAGGGGACAUCCAAAAAAUCCCCAUCAUGUUGGUGGGUAACAAAAGUGAUGAGACCCAGAGGGAGCUGGAUGCCAGCGAGGGGCAAGCUUUAGCCAGCAAGUGGAAAUGCUCCUUUAUGGAGACAUCAGCCAAAAUGAACUACAACGUGCAGGAGCUCUUCCAGGAGCUCUUGAAUCUGGAGAAGAGGAGAACUGUCAGUCUCCAGGUGGACGGAAAGAAAUCCAAGCAGCAGAAAAAGAAAGACAAACUGCAAGGCAAGUGCUCUGUGAUGUGACUGACUUGGGCUGGGCUCACACCACUGAGUGGUGUAGUUGGAGCACGGACUCCCCCAGAAGAUGCAUCUCUGCUGGAGGUUUCAGGUGAAUACAUGCCUUAGGAGGCUGUUGCUUUUCUUUAAAAUCUCUGCUGAAUUAUGUGUUGGUUUUAAAGGGAAUGGCUUUCUGCAUGUGUGUUUUUUAAAAAACCAAUAAACGUUCAGUGUUAGCAAUUA